AUGUCGUCUUUAAUGUCGCGAAUGUCACUGAAUGAUAUCGAAUUUAGCUGUUCGCGAUGUCGCACGCACAAGAUCAAGUGCACAGGAGAAAAUCCGUGCAGCAACUGCACCCAACGCAACGUGGAAUGCCACUUCCAGAAAGAAACCACCCAUAUUCAAAUCACCCGAAAGCGUCUGUGUGAAUUGCACAGCAAGAAUCGAGAAUUAGAACGGCAAAACAUUGCUCUACAGGAGCAACUGUCAGGCACCAUCAAAGCAACCGCAAUCCCACAGUAUUCUGGUGGGGAAUUGCCUGUCAGUCCAUCGACUGCUGGAAACAUAGAUCCAGAGCCAUUGCAGAUCCAGGACACACCCGAGGAGGCUAACAUGGUGAACCCGCUAUCAUCAGGUCCCCCUGAAUACAUUGCAGAUCCGACAGGGCGGUUCUAUUAUCUGGGGCAUACUUCAACUUGGUCUCUGACUAUAAGACUCUUGAAUCUCACUCACGAGGCAGUAUAUCACUGCCCUUUUCCAAGUACGGCUCAUCAUGGCGAUUCCGUUAUCUACGAUUUGGAAUGGAAUGGGUUGCGCAGCCAGGCCAUUCCCGAUAUCCGCGGUCUCCCCGAGAUAGACCAUGCGCUGUUCCUCAUCAACGCUGCGCAAUUCCAUACUGGAAAAAUCUUUCACCUGUUUGACGAGGAAAGGUUCAUGAAACAAUUUCAUUUCUUCUACGAAAACCCAGCAGAAAACAUUGGCAUGAUGGGUUCAUGGCUCCCGCAUUUCCUAGUCAUCAUUGCCCUGGGCAAGGCGGUCGUUGGAGCGCAAACCCAAGGCAAAUUACCGCCAGGGUCCGAGUUCUUUCGAGCUGCGUUCAUGAUGCUGCCGGACUAUAGCUUUUUGUGGAAAGAUCCUUGCACUUCUGCGGAAAUGCUUUGCGCAUUUGCUCUCUAUUUGCAGUCUAUUGACUGGAGAACCUCCGCACACAACAUGGUAAGCGCCCUGGAAGCCGAAACUUGCAGAUAA